GUAGCUAUCACAACAAGGUGAUCAGAGAGCGGAGGCAGACCUUUUUCAGUGCACCGGAGUUGGUAGAAACAGUUUCGUUCUGUUGUCUGGAUUCAUCCGACCACUGGUUAAAGCUAUAUAUGGCUUAAAACAAUCUUGGCUAUUUAUUUUUAUAUCUCUAAAUCGCUUGGUCCGAAUGGGGUGCGCGUUGACAAGUGGGUCUAUUUGGAGCUACAACUACUAAAAAAUGUAUUCUUUUGGCAUCCUCCUGCUGCUGUGUCAUUUAUCACGCGGUGUGCCUGCUCCAACAGACGCGGCUGUCAUCCAGAUCCAGCAGUGGCUGGUGCUGGGUGGAGGUCAGGUGGUCCAGGAGGUUUUGCUCAACGGGGUCUCCCUGAACAGCAGCAGCCGUGAAGUCAGCAGCGUUAUCCGGACCAUGACGGCCGAUGCGCCGCCUCCACUGCCCCCCGGUGUCAACCAGACCGCGAUUCCGAGAAACCAAACUGUGCUCCGUUUGCGUGAAUGCAAACUGGAGGGGUCGCAGGUUCACUGGAGUGACCGUGUGAUGUUGGACGGGAAUGUGCAGCUGACUCUAAACCAGUGGGACAGGUGGACAGCCCAGACCCCCCAGGCUAUUGCUCUUAAAACGCUUUGGGAGCAGGACCCGGCCCGCACCAGGAGGGAGAGGAUCCAUCUUCAGGAGGGCUGCGUCAAGCUGAUGACAGAGUUAAGGCUCUCUGCUAAACCGCGAGCUACAGAGAUUCCUAUGGCUCCGUUUCUGGUCCCAGUCUUUGCAUUGCUUGCCCUUGUUGGGCUGAUCAUAAUCGGCAUCUUCAUCUCCAAAAAACAAGGUCUGAGGCACAGUGGAGGUGUGCUUGGCUCGAUUAUACACUAUCCUCCAAACAUGACUGAAAUGCCACCAGACAAGGAGGACGGUGGUUACCAGGCCUUGAAUCAUUAAAAUAUAUCUAUAUAUAUAUAUAUACUACUGUUUGUUUACAUCUGUGCAAUAUUAGUAUUUGAUUCAUUGUUUAAAUAUUUUAAUAUGUAGCAGUGUUUUUUUUUUUUUUUUUUUUUUUUUUUUUU